AUGAAUGCCUCAUUGCCCGGCAAAGGGAAAGCAAAGGAUCUAGCCUACACGUUGCCUCCUCUCUUGUUCUCCACGAGCGACGUGCAAUAUCGUGCCAUUGACUGGCCAUCCCCUGAUCCUGGUUCGCCAGCCCCAACUGCGGGGCCUUCCUCUUACGGUUCAACUCACACCUCGCCUCCCUGCGCGUCCUCUCACUCAGACUCCCAGUCCCCCGAGAAUAGUGCACAACAGCUUCCGGGACUGACAAGAGUGCCCUCCCGGAGGCGAUCAUUGUCCAACCUAUCAAUUCAUUCUACGCGUUCGUUAGCUGCUCGAUCCAUGUCAAGGAUCAAAGUUAAACUGGGCUCAGCAUCCAAGGGCACAAGUAACCUUGCGCGUAGAUUAUUGUUCAGGAAUAAGGCUAGCGCGGCCACGACAUCAGUAGAUCUCAACCCCGCCGGCUCUGUGUCGGAUCCUUUCUUAGGGGACCUAACAACAGCAGGGCAACGUAAUUGCCUUCCAGCAUGGAAAAAUUCCGAGUUUCAGCCUUGUCUGAACGUCGAGCUUCCAUCAGACACGCGAACACAUGUUCAACAGAGCGCUGAAGGUCCUGAAAGCCUCAGUAGUAUCACAGGCAAAGGCCGCUCAUAUUCUUCUCCACUCUCUCAGUCUGUCUUUGAUAUCAUCCCUCGUGGCAACAGUGACGUCUUUGCCCCCGUGCCUUUAGUCCUGCAAAGUGUCUUUGAUGACGCUUUACCCAGAGAACUGAAGUUGCAGAUAUUCUCAGCCUUAAUUUCCCUGCACGAAGACGAAUUUCAGCUGUGGAAGUCGUCGGGACAAUGGACUACCUCAAAGGCAUCCUCAUCCAAGUACCGCUGGGUGGGCAGAGAUCGUGGGAUGCGCGAGCUGGUGAAGUUGAGCAGGGUGUCAAAGGCGUGGCGCUCACUAGUCUUUGAUGGUCAGCUGUGGAUGGAUGUCGACCUCAAGGCAUUCCCAAACCUUCCGGUGCCCUUCCUUCUGCGCCUUGCAGAGACGCUUGGGCCAUUCAUCAAGAACAUAGAUCUUACCGGAUACACAAAGCUUGAUCACGGCACUCUGGGUCAAGUCACGACGAGCCUCUGUAUACGCUCCGCGCCAACCAUUGACUUCGCAUAUACACAACUUUUGGACGUAAACCUGUCAGGGUGCAAUGCCCUGACUACGCAGGCAUUACACAACCUCGUCAUCCAUUCUCCGUUUCUACGCAGUCUUUGCGUCAAAGGGUUGAAGGCCGUUGACAACACUACGUUCGAUGUUCUCGCGCUUUGCCCCCACCUGACAUCCCUGAACAUGAGUCGGUGUUCCAAUAUCAACGGAGACGGACUUCACAGAUAUGCAAAUGCCGUACUAGGGCGUCACGGCCAGCUUGCGCUGAAAGAGCUCAGGCUAUGUGGAUUGGAGGCACCCUCGUUGGAAAUCCUCGAUCUGAGCUAUUCUCGUUCUCUGCACAACUCGGCGUUAGGGGCUUUUGUGGCGUGUACAGAAGAGGAGAAGUCAACGGAGAGCGUGGUGCUGACUGCGCGUGAGGCGGGGCGAGAACUGCGCGAUAAUGGGCGCUACCGGAGGCGAAUCACGAAGCUUAGACAUCUGUCGCUUUCGAACUGCAAGCUGCUUACAGACGUCGCAUGCUCCAAUCUAGCGUAUGCAGUGCCGCGUCUAGAGUUGUUGGAACUAGCAGGCAUGGGGACGGCGAUGAAAGACGAGGGGCUUGUGAGGCUUUUGGGAACAACGCCACUUCUCCGAAAGCUUGAUCUUGAGGAUAACGAGGAGAUCACUGACGCCGUCCUGAGCGUACUGACCCCCAGUCCUCCAGAAAGCACCGGAUCAGGGUCGACACAGCCACUGCAGACAGGGCAAGUGCUAGAACACCUGGUUGUGUCGUUUGCUGUCAGCCUCAGCAACGAGGCCUUCCUUUCUCUCAUUUGCAAUUGCCCUCGCCUUAGGGUGUUGGAGGCAGAUAGCACGUGCAUAUCCGGGACUGUCCUCAAAGAGUUCGUGCGACAGGCGCACGAACACAAUGCGUCCGAUGCAACCCUGGUUGCUAUCGACUGCCGUGCCGUGGGUGAGACCUCCGUCAAGGAUGUUGCUGCAAUAACCCGCCCUCGCAAAGGCUGGUGUGCCUGGGAUGCACGGAAGCUCGCGUACCUAGACGGUCGGGACAAGGAAGAACUGAAAGUAGGGCAGGAUGAGUGCGAUGAGAAGCGCAUCGUGUUGAAGUCGUUUUAUAAUUGGCAAACUGUGGACGCUGUUCGAGCUGCGCGGGAGCGGCAUCGGCGAAAUUCCCGGCGUGCUGGUAGCGGACCGUCAGAUAAUCUUGAGGACGUUGCCCCAACUUCGGGGCGCACGCGAUGGUGGUCUCCCAGUAGUGGGAGGCGUUCACCUGACACCGAGGCCCUAGAUGGGGUAGUCAGUGACCGAGGGGGAUGUGUUAUAACAUAG